UUCCAUUGCAUUGCACUCCUGAAGAAUGGCACCACUAACCGCUUUUCUUAUUCUUCUGGCUCAAAUCCAGUGCUCGAUGGGAGAGGUUUAUAUAGUCUACAUGGGGAAGAAAACCGUCGAAGACCACGAACUGGUAACGAAAUCCCAUCACGAAACGCUGGCCAGUGUGUUGGGAAGUGAAGAUUUGGCAAAAGGUGCUAUCUUGUACAGCUACCGGCAUGGAUUCAGCGGUUUCGCAGCAGAUAUGAAUCCAAGGCAUGCAAAAGCUUUGUCCAAGAUGCCUGGAGUUGUGUCUGUGUUCCGCAGCAAAAAGGUGAAGCUGCAUACAACUCACAGCUGGGACUUCCUUGGAUUGGAUGUCAUGAAGCCCAAAGGCAUUUUGCAAGAAUCGGGCUUCGGAGUGGACGUAAUUGUUGGGGUUGUGGAUUCAGGUGUAUGGCCUGAAGCUGAGAGUUUCAAUGACAAAUCAAUGCCAGCAGUUCCCACAAGAUGGAAGGGAAUAUGUCAAAUAGGCGAGAACUUCACGGCUUCAAACUGUAAUAGGAAACUUAUAGGAGCUCGAUAUUUCGACCAAAGUGUGGAUCCUAGCGUGGAGGAUUACAGAUCACCCAGGGACAAAAACUCUCACGGCACGCAUACAUCGUCGACCGCUGUAGGCAGGCUCGUUUACGGAGCCAGCGAUGAUGAAUUUGGCAGCGGAAUAGCUCGUGGUGGAGCACCAAUGGCCAGGCUUGCAAUGUACAAAUUCUAUGAAGAGAGUAGCAGCUUAGAAGCAGACAUUAUUUCUGCAAUCGACUACGCAAUUUAUGACGGAGUCGACAUCCUGUCCAUUUCUGCAGGCAUGGAAAAUACGUACGACUACAACACGGAUGGCAUUGCAAUUGCCGCAUUUCAUGCAGUCCAGAAUGGGAUUUUGGUUGUGGCAAGUGGUGGCAAUUCGGGACCAUAUCCGUCCACAAUCAUUAACACUGCUCCCUGGAUUCUGAGUGUGGGAGCAAGCACUAUUGACCGGGGUUUCCAUGCAAAGAUCGUUCUUCCCGACAAUGCUACCUCUUGCCAGGCAACGCCAUCACAGCACCGGACCGGUUCUGAAGUUGGAUUGCAUAGAAUUGCCUCUGGAGAGGAUGGCUAUUGCACAGAAGCGAGAUUGAAUGGUACCACCCUGAGAGGGAAGUAUGUCCUUUGCUUUGCUUCCAGCGCCGAGCUUCCCGUGGACAUGGAUGCUAUCGAAAAGGCUGGAGCCACCGGAAUUAUAAUCACCGAUACAGUCAGAUCGAUAACAGGAAGCUUGUCGCUCCCUAUAUUUGUAGUUCCAGUGCAUGCGGUGUGCAGCUCUUAGGUCACAGAUCACAUGAGAAAUCGUCAACGAUCUAUAUCCAUCCACCUGAAACUGUGACCGGGAUUGGACCAGCCCCUGCUGUUGCAACCUUCUCAGCCAGGGGACCAAACCCAAUUUCUCCUGAUAUUCUGAAGCCUGAUAUCAUUGCUCCUGGCGUUGACAUAAUCGCUGCUAUUCCUCCAAAAAGCCAUUCAAGCAGCUCAGCAAAGAGUUUUGGAGCGAAGAGUGGCACGUCCAUGUCCUGUCCUCACGUUUCCGGUGUUGCGGCUUUGCUUAAAUCCUUGCAUCCAGAUUGGAGCCCCUCCGCAAUCAAGUCUGCAAUUAUGACAACAGCUUGGAACAUGGACAACACAAGGGAUAUAAUAACUGAUAGUUUCACACUAAGUUAUUCCAACCCCUUCGGAUAUGGUGCAGGACACAUCAAUCCAACCAAAGCAGCAGAUCCAGGC